AUACACUGUGACUAUACACUGAGCAACAUACCAGUGUGUGCAAACCCACUCCACUGCAGCUCAAGUCGCCUGUUUCCUGCAAAAGUAAGCGAAGGCCGAUAACAUUUUAGCACUUCCGUAAAAAUAAAAUAAGUAAGCAACAUUCUUUCCUCUUCUUACAAGACCACCCAAGGACAACAGGCAAAACUUUUCUCAGCCAUCACAAUGAACGACUCGAUCAACAUCUUCGACCCGAGGUGUCGUCAGAAACCGCCUCUGGCAAUUGAUAUCAUAAACCAGCUCGAUAUCUUUGGAAUCAUGCUGUACUCCGUCCUGACUUUGAUGGCAGCUUUGUCCAUGUUGGUUUACAUUGAGGAGUGCAUCUACAUCUACAGAAAAGUCUUGACUCCGAAGAAAACCUCCAUCAACUGGGUGAAUGGCGCAGCACCGGUCAUUGCCACUAUGUCAUGUCUGGGGAUGUGGAUCCCCAGGGCCACUAUGUUCACCGAUAUGACCUCAGGAUCGUACUUUGCAAUCGUGGUGUAUAAGUUCCUGAUCAUGAUGGUGGAGGAGUGUGGGGGAGAUGAGGAGUUUCUGAAGCGCUGUAGGAAUGACACUCUCAGGAUCAGCACUGGGCCCUGCUGCUGCUGCUGCCCCUGCCUGCCUCGGGUGGCCAUCACACGACGGACCCUCUUCCUGUUGAAGCUGGGCUCCUUCCAGUUUGCUCUGCUUAAGACUGCCUUAAGCAUCCUGUCCAUCAUUCUGUGGACCAAUGGAAACUUUGAUAUUGCCGAUAUGGAGAUCACUGGAGCCGCCAUCUGGAUCAACCCUUUUAUAGGGAUCCUGACCAUCAUCGCCCUUUGGCCUGUGGCCAUCAUGUUCAUGCACCUGCGCCCCCUUCUCCGCAGUCUGAGAAUCAUCCCCAAAUAUGCCAUGUACCAGCUGGUCCUAGUUUUGAGUCAACUGCAGUCAGCCAUCAUCAACAUAUUGGCCAUGAACGGAACGAUUGCUUGUGCCCCCCCCUUCUCAUCUCAGGCUCGUGGAUACUUGAUGAGCCAACAGUUGCUGAUCCUGGAGAUGUUCAUCAUCACGCUGGUGAACCGAUUACUAUACCGCCGCCACUACGAUCCCCUGCCUCUCAUUGACCCACAUGAGAGUGACAACGACCAGAACACCAAGGCUGCCCUAAAGUCUGAGUCUGGGGAUAAUAUACUGUGAAACUGUGUGUGUGUCCUAUUCCUCUAUCCUACAACUGUUAAACUGUUCAAAUUAUGGAUGAAAACCCCACAACUUGUUCAACUGGUUUUGAAUGUUGCAUUCAUUACACAAUGGGACCAAUAUUUGGCUUUCUCUGUUCUAAAUGUUUACUUUUGUAACAAAAAACUAUCUCUACUGUAGCUCUACUGUAUUAUUGUGUUUCAGUGUGUGAUGUCAGACAGUUAUGUGCUGGUUACAAGCUGUAAUGCCAGUUUUUUGGCCAGAACAUCUUGAGGCAUAAUGCACCUCUUUUUUGACAUUAAGUGCCUUUCUUCUGAUGCCAAACCCACCACUGAAGUGUAUGGCCAAAAGGUUCAAUGUCUCAUCUGAUUAUAACAUGUGGCUCAAUAAAAUUGAUCCCAAACA